AUGAUGUACAACGAGGCGGGCAGCCCUGAAGCCGUGGCUGCCGUGGCAGCAGUGGCGCCGGCCAAUCACACGGCGACAGCUGGCACGUCCACGCUGUGCAAGCUGAUGACGUGGUGGUUGAAGCAGGGGGCCGAGGUGGGGGGGAAGGCGGAGGAGAAGGCAGAGGGGGAAGGGGAAAGGGGCAAAGAAGAGGAGGUGGUGAUGGUGCAUCAGGCGGACUGGCUGUUGGGGCAGCUGUGUGGAGCAGCAGACGUGCAUGUGACUGACUUUAACAACGUGCUCAAGCUGGGUUACGACCCUGAGAGCAGCACCUACCCCGACUGGCUGCUCGCACUGCCCUUCUCCCACAUGCUGCCGCGUGUGCUGCCGCCCGGCUCCCUCAUUGGCAAUGUGGAGCCGCAACUGACCACCGAGUUUGCCCUCCCGUCUGAUUGCAUCGUCACCACCGGCACCACCGACAGCAUUGCAGCCUUCCUGGCCGCGAGGGUAACUACCCCCGGGUAUGCCGUCACCUCGCUCGGGUCUACCCUCGCCGUCAAGCUCGUGAGCACUGCGCGAAUCGACGAUGCUCGCUUCGGCGUAUACAGCCACCGCUUGCCGCCCGGAGAUUGGGCUCCGCCGCCCGGAGAUUGGGCUCCGCCGCCCGGGGUGGAGAACGAGGGGGAGACGGAGCAGGGAGGUGCGGCAGAAGAGGACAAAGAAUGCAAGUGGCUGGUCGGCGGGGCGUCAAAUACGGGCGGCGCAGUGCUGCGGGGGUAUUUCACAGACGAGGAGUUGCGGGAGCUGAGUGAGAAAAUAGACCCGAGUGUAGAGAGUAAACUUGACUACUACCCACUUACUCGACCUGGGGAGAGGUUCCCUGUGUCCGACCCUGACCUGCAGCCCCGCUUGACUCCUCGCCCGGCCGAUGACGCUCUCUUCUUGCACGGCAUCCUUGAGUCCAUUGCUAUUAUUGAGGCCAGGGCAUACUCGUUGUUAGCUGACCUGGGAGCAUCGCCGCCAGUGAAGCGGGUGUACACUGCAGGGGGAGGCGCAGGGAACCCCACAUGGAGUGCCAUCAGGGAGAGAGUGAUGGGCGUGCCCGUAGCCCCAUCAGGCAACACGGAUGCUGCUUUUGGCUCUGCACUGCUCGCAAAAGAAGGGUUCUUGAGACACACGGCGGAAUAA